ACGGGAAGUUUGAAGGCUGAGAAAGGUACUAUGCAUCCGGAAAACGUUACAAAGAGGAAAGGUGCAAUGGUGACGAAGACUGAAUCAAUCACUAGUGUUUAUUGGCCACUGCACUCAAAAGUGGACUCAGGCGUGGAAAUUGCAACGCUAGCGGGAGGUGCAUCAAACAUUAUGUUAAAAGAACAAUCAAGCGAGGAGGAAAUUAGUCAAGAUGCCAGAUCCUUUGCGGAACAUUUCUUUGAGGAACGGUCCUUCGAGGCAUCAAAAAAUGAAAGGAAAUCAGUUUGCUUAUCGUUGGUAAGGAAGAAGCGUCUCGCAAUUGCGAUUCUAACAUUGUUGGUGAUCGUUGGGAUUUGUCUUGCAGCUAUCUUCACCUUACCGGCGGACAAAAAAACCCCUACGCCAACAACAGCGGUAGAAAGAAUGACAACAUCAAGACAAGCAUGCUCCAAUGGGUUGCUAACCUUAUCUUGCGAAGGUAUCACUGACGUAAAUGCAGUCCAUAAAGUUCAGUGGAAAAUUAAAUUUCCUGGCGCUGGUUGGAACGAGUUCGCCUACUGUUACAAAUACGGCAUGAAUUGCGUCGUAACGAGACCAGUGCUGUCAGAAGGAAUCAAAGUGCUGAAAGUUUCUAAUCGCUCUGUGAGCCUACAAAGAAUAGCAAAGAACAACACAAACGGUUAUGCCCAGACAAUGUGUCAAGUUCUCUACAAGGACAAUUCCCUGACUAUACAUGUCUACAAGACCAACUUCACCGCAAAAUGUGUGCGGAUUCAGGUAGGCCGUGAUCUUGAUUUAACAAAGAUUCUACAGAGCAUUGUACCAUGUGAGCGUGUAGUUGAUGUAGAGUGGUACAGUAUUAAUGGCAGCAAGUUUGCAUACUGUAAUUCUUGCCAGGGUUGCAAGAAAAUAUCUGAAGUAAACCGAGAGCAGGUUUUCUGGAACCGAUUGCAAGUUACCAGAGGCUCAUUAUUGUUGACUGCAGUUCAGGAGAGCGACGACGGGCGCACGAUUAGAAUGAAAGUUGACAUGAAAGCGCCUGGAAAGUCCAGUGGAAGGAACGUUGAAGCAAACAUGGAAUCAGCGCAUAUGUAUACAAUUUGGAUAUUCGUGAAUACAUCUCGCUCUCCAGUCUUCAAUGACACCAAGAACGAAGAAUGGCAAAUGACAAUCCACGAAAAAGCGACUAUGCCCUGCCCCAUAUUACAGGAAGUUGUUAACAAGGACGGCACAUUCGACAUCGUCUAUUGGUCCCUUUGCACAUCAAAAAGCUGUGACGAUACACAUUCUACGUGGGAUUGGAUUGCUGGUAUGAACCAAGAAGGAACAAGGGCAGCGGUAAGAAGUGGAAUAAACAUUACGAGUGGUGGCGCUCUGGAAAUUCAAAAGGUACAGCUCAGCGAUGCCGGACUUUACAAGUGUACCGUUAAAAGAAGUGAUCGCAGUUCCCCAAGAAUAUCUUUUGCAACACUCUUUGUCAACGGAGUAGGUGUUCAAGCUGACAGUAAGCGAAUAGAAUGCCUUAACGAGCAGAUCGCGCUGGAAUGUCUUGGCCUAGAAUCGGUCAUCCAAAAUGGAACUUUUCUAGAACUUUUCUGGAAGGUCACUGACCCUGAAGAUCUCAAGAAACAAAAUAUUGGCUACUGCAACAAAGACCUGAAUUGUACCAGAUACGGAAACAUAGGAAGUUUUGAUCGACGAAUCAAUCUAAGCCAUCCUGUUCGGGGAAUACUUCUCGUGGAACAGAUGGUGUUGAACGAUCGACUUUCCUACACAUGUGCCAUAGAACGCAGUGGAAACAAAGGCCCGAUUGUUCACAAAAUAAUUGUCACUUCUUCAAUGCAUUGUUUGUCCUCUUCAGCUGGGCAAAACCUGAACCUAACUCAACCGUUCCAGGCCAUGUUUUCUAUGGAAACAGUGGAAGAUAUUGAGUGGUACAGAAUCUCACGAGAUGGGGCGAAAGUGAAAAUAGCAUACUGCAACCCCUCCUCGACGUGCAUCUUGGUUGAAGUUUGCACGAGUUCCUGCCCAGAGUACCUAACAAGGCUGAAGACAGACGGGCUGUCAAUCAUUCUAUCAAAUGUCAAACAGGCUGACCGCGGAUUGGAGUUUCAAUGCCAAAUACACCAUAAGAUUAUGACCAAAGGACCUCGAGUUUACAUGAUCAGGAUUAAAGCAAUCUCGCCUCGAGAAGAUUCUACAACAGAGCCCAGCGGUACUUACACUUUACGUGCUAUCAUUAGCGAAGUAAAACAGGACAAUGAAACUGUUGGAGGUUACCAACCGUCACUACUUCCGAUCUGGAUCCCAUUGUCAUCAUGUGCCGUAGUAGUUGCAACGGCUUUUAUUUUUAUCAAAUGCAGAAGCGAAAGAAGGAAGAAAAGUCGAAGAAAACGUCGUGGGUGUGAAGCAGUUGAAAGUGACGAUGACGAUAUGACGAUGCUAGAAACGACUCGGUUGUUGCUCCCCCCAGGUGCGGAUCUUCUCAUCAAAUAUCUUACAACUGACGAAAUAAGAUUCAUAGCCCACAGACUCAAUGGCAAAGACGACCACGGUGAUCACCUCUGGGAGGUCAUUGGGCAGCAACUUGGCUUUGGUGCUGAAUGCAGAAAAUGGAAAAGUGCAGAGGAUCCGACUGAAACGCUGCUCAAGGCCUACGGGGAACAAGAGGGAAGCACGAUCAAUAACUUGAUCAAGGCUCUAAUGGAGGUGGGGCUGACUAAGUUUGCUGAAGAAAUUGUGAGACGCAGGAUCAAAGUGUGGCUGAACGCACAGCGUGGUAGUUAGUUAUAGUCCCGGGGGGGAACUGCCAUAUAUGGGCUAUCUAGGUAUGUGCCGCUGUGAAAGGUAUGUUUUC